UGUGCUGGGCUGGGCGAACGGCGAAGUGGAUGGAGUCAACCGUCCAAGUGUUUGUAGUGCGUCUCCUCGUCUACCGCCGCAUCCUCACCCCCACCGUUCGCUGCGCCGGCGCCGGAGCGGGCGGGCCAAGGAGCUCAUGGGGAAUAUGACCCGCUCGGACUCGCCCGUCUCCCGCCGCAUCGUCCUCUCCUUCCUCGACUUCCUCAACUCCGUUGAAUUAGCUCCUGGGGCCGAUCCUGAAGCUCUCGAAGUUGCUAGGGAUUGCCUGGAAUCCAUUUUUAGUGUCAACUCAUCAGCCGCUGGCGAGGGGAUACAACCAGGACUGUUACUUGAACUGUUUACUUCUCUCGAAGCUAAUGGAAGAGAUAAGCCAAGACCUGGAUUGGUAUCACAAUCAGUAUCAAACAAGCCAUCGCAAAGCGCGAGUACAUCUAAUAUUGAGGAAGACUCUAAUAAAUGUACAACGUCAAAUUUAUAUUAUCGUCUCAUAUGGUCUUUCGCUGAUCCUGAUCAGAGUGACAGCCAGGUGGAGGAUACCUUUGACCUAGAUCAUUCAGGAGAUGAACUAUUUGCAAAAGUUUAUGCUGCACUUGAUGAAAUCAAUUUCUUUAAGACAUCUCCUGCUGGAGCUGAAGAUCCUGGCCAACUUUCAAAAGCAACACAAUACUUCAAUGAAGCAGUACUAUCGAUGCAAAAGUCAGGAAGGAAAAAUGCAAGCUUAGUAGACCUUGCAGAGUCCUUUAAAUCAAGAGGUAAUGAAUUCAUGAGAUCAAACCAACACCUUAAAGCAGUAGAACUGUACACCUGUGCCAUUGCAUUGAGCAGGAAAAAUGCUAUUUACUACUGUAACAGGGCUGCUGCCUAUACCCUUCUUAAUAUGAACAAUGAAGCUAUUGUGGAUUGCCUAAAGUCGAUUGAAAUCGACCCCAACUACAGCAAAGCAUAUAGCCGACUUGGAUCUGCUUAUUUUGCUCUAGGGAAUUAUCAAGAUGCAUUAUACAAGGGAUACUUGAAAGCCGCGGAGCUGGAUCCUAGUAAUGAAAAUGUCCGGCAGAAUAUUGAGGUCACCAAAAAGAAACUGGCCGAACAACAAGUCCCACCAGAAGAGCAGAAUACGCACGCACGUCAAGUUCAAGGAUCACACCCAAUGUUUACAAGUAAUGGUAUUCCUUUUAAUCUGUUUCCACCGGGUAGUUCUCCAAGUCCUGAAUUCUUCGCCGACUUCAUCAAUCAUGGAUCUGAUCUUGGUCAACCACCAUCUGGACAAUCAAUGAGUAUAAAUCUGAAUAACAUUUUUGGUCAAGCAAAUGUCAAUGCUAGCGGGCAAGUAUCGAGUCAAACAGGGAAUUCAAAUACUCCACCUGCUUCUUUCCCAACCGGUGCUGCAGUUCCUCCUUUUGCCUUCUCAGGAUCAGGUAAUGAAGGAAAUCGUGCACACCAAGCUUCUAGUGGACAUGAAAGGGAACAUGGUGAACCAGGCAUACAUAGGGAUGAUGGCAUCCAUAUAAACUUGACAGGACCGGAGCAGGCUGCAGAGGCUUUAAGGACUGUGAUGCAGAUGUUUGGGCCACAGAUCAGUCCACAUGAAGGCGCACCUAGAGGGCCAGGUUAAGAUGUGGGAAGCAGGAAAUGUGUAAAGGUGGCUUAUUGUAUACAGAAGUCUUAAGGUGGCAUGUUAUUUUGUCCUUCCAGCCUGAGAAGCAUGGACAGUAUGUCUGUUCUGCUAUUGCACCUUAGUAUAUCCAGCUCAUCUCGGCAUCGAUGAAUCAUUAGCUAUGCUCAGUCUUGUUUGUUGAAAUUCUCCGGUGAUUCCUUUUUGACCAUUUUACUUGUUGGUCUAUUAUGCAAUCUGAAUGUCCCCCUCCCCCGGGCUUUUCUGUUUCACUUGUUGGUUGGCAGUUGUUACUUUACGAAAUAUUUGUAAGUUUAUAUAGGUUGGUAGUGGAAAACUUGUGGGUGGGAUGGAGUUUAUAGCCAUAAUCA